AUGUUGGACGAGCGCAGUCGCCGCUGGGACAAAAUGAACGCGAAGCGCUACGGCGAGAAGCGCAAGUUUGGGUUUGUCGAGUCGGUGAAAGACGAUAUGCCGCCCGAGCACGUGCGGAAGAUCAUUAAAGACCACGGCGACAUGAGCAGCAAGAAGUUCCGCCACGACAAACGCGUGUACUUGGGCGCGCUCAAGUACGUGCCGCACGCGAUUUUCAAGCUGCUGGAGAACAUGCCCAUGCCAUGGGAACAAGUGAAGGACGUCAAGGUGCUGUACCACAUUACGGGCGCGAUUACGUUUGUCAACGAAGUGCCGUGGGUCAUUGAGCCGGUUUACAUUGCUCAAUGGGGGACCAUGUGGAUCAUGAUGCGACGCGAGAAGCGCGACCGACGGCACUUUAAGCGCAUGCGCUUCCCGCCGUUCGAUGACGAGGAGCCGCCGCUGGACUAUGGCGACAAUAUCUUGGACAUUGAGCCCUCGGAGAGCAUUACAAUGGAGCUCGACGAGGAAGACGACGAAGCCGUGAUUGAGUGGCUGUACGACUCAAAACCGCUCGUGGACUCGAAGUUUGUCAAUGGGCCGAGCUACCGCAAGUGGCGGCUGCCCGUGCCCAUUAUGGCCAACUUGCACCGUCUUGCCGGCCAAUUGAUAAGUGACUUGGUCGAUCCGAACUACGAGUAUUUGUUUGACAAGAAGUCGUUCUUUACCGCUAAAGCAUUGAAUGUCGCGAUUCCAGGUGGCCCAAAGUUCGAGCCGCUGUACCGUGACUUGGACGAAGAUGACGAGGACUGGAACGAGUUCAACGACAUCAACAAGAUCAUUAUCCGUCACCAGAUCCGCACGGAGUACAAAGUGGCAUUCCCGUUUCUCUACAAUAGUCGACCGCGGUCCGUGCACAUUCAACCGUACCAUACUCCUGUGCUGUGCUACAUCAAGGCAGAAGAUCCUGAUUUGCCAGCGUUCUACUUCGAUCCGAUUGUGAAUCCGAUCUCUCAUUUUCGGGUGAACCGCUCUGGAAGACAGGACGGCGUGGAGGAAGUGGAGGAAGGCGGGGACGAUGAGGACGACGACGAGUUCCAGCUGCCUAUGGGAUUCGACCCACUUUUGACGGAUGAGCCGCUGUACACUCCGGAAACGGCUAAUGGCAUUGCUCUGUACUGGGCUCCGCGGCCGUUCAACCUGCGCACCGGUCGAACUCGUCGAGCCAUCGAUGUACCAUUGGUGAACAAGUGGUUUCAGGAGCACUGCCCGCAAGGACAGCCCGUGAAGGUUCGUGUGAGCUACCAGAAACUACUGAAGUGCUGGGUGCUGAACUCACUGCAUCACCGCCCUCCAAAAGCACUCAACAAGAAGUACCUGUUCAAGUCGCUCAAGUCGACGAAGUUUUUCCAGAGCACUGAGUUGGACUGGGUCGAAGCUGGUCUACAAGUGUGCCGCCAGGGCUACAACAUGUUGAACUUGCUGAUCCACCGCAAGAACUUGAACUACCUGCACUUGGACUAUAACUUCAAUCUGAAGCCGAUCAAAACGCUCACGACGAAGGAGCGUAAGAAGUCGCGCUUCGGUAAUGCGUUCCACCUGACUCGAGAGAUUCUCCGUCUGACGAAGCUGAUCGUCGAUGCCCAUGUCCAGUAUCGAUUGGGCAACGUUGACGCGUUCCAGCUUGCUGAUGGACUUCAGUAUAUAUUUGCGCACGUUGGGCAGUUGACGGGUAUGUACCGAUACAAGUACCGCCUCAUGCGCCAGGUCCGUAUGUGCAAGGACUUGAAGCACUUGAUCUACUACCGGUUUAACACCGGACCGGUUGGCAAGGGACCUGGAUGUGGUUUUUGGGCACCUGGCUGGCGUGUCUGGUUAUUCUUUCUACGAGGUAUUGUACCGUUGCUCGAGCGCUGGCUCGGGAACUUGCUAGCGCGUCAGUUCGAAGGCCGUCACUCGAAGGGUAUUGCAAAGACUGUCACGAAGCAGCGCGUAGAAAGCCAUUUCGACUUGGAGCUUCGCGCAGCCGUGAUGCACGACAUUCUGGAUAUGAUGCCGGAAGGUGUGAAGGCGAACAAGUCCAGAGCAAUCAUGGCGCACCUCAGUGAAGCCUGGCGCUGCUGGAAGGCAAACAUUCCGUGGAAGGUACCUGGUUUGCCUGCUCCCAUCGAGAACAUGAUCUUGCGAUAUGUAAAGUCCAAGGCUGACUGGUGGACCAACGUAGCACACUACAACCGCGAGCGCAUCAAACGUGGUGCCACUGUCGACAAAACUGUCUGCAAGAAAAAUCUAGGUCGCUUGACGCGACUGUGGCUCAAGGCAGAGCAAGAACGUCAACACAACUACCUCAAGGAUGGCCCGUAUGUGUCUGCUGAGGAAGCCGUGGCGGUGUACACCACCACUGUGCACUGGCUGGAAAGUCGAAAGUUUGCCCCCAUCCCGUUCCCACCGUUGUCGUACAAGCACGACACGAAAUUGCUCAUCCUUGCGUUGGAACGACUGAAGGAAAACUACUCUGUCAACAAUCGGCUGAACCAGACGCAGCGUGAAGAACUGGGUCUGAUUGAGCAAGCUUACGACAAUCCACACGAAGCGCUGUCGCGCAUCAAGCGGCAUUUGCUCACUCAGCGUGCUUUCAAGGAAGUCCACCUCGAGUUUAUGGAUCUGUACAGUCACUUGAUUCCUGUGAACGACAUCGAACCGCUGGAGAAGAUCACCGAUGCGUACCUUGACCAGUACUUGUGGUACGAAGCUGACAAGCGCCACCUCUUCCCAUGCUGGAUCAAGCCCAGCGACUCCGAGCCGCCCCCGUUGCUCGUUUACAAGUGGUGCCAGGGAGUGAACAACUUGCACAACGUGUGGGACACUUCCGCUGAAGAGUGUGUGGUAAUGCUGGAGUCGAAGCUCGAGAAGGUGUACGAGAAGAUCGACUUGACCUUGUUGAACAGGCUUCUGCGGCUGAUUCUGGAUCACAAUAUCGCCGACUACAUGACGGCGAAAAACAACGUUGUUAUUGCGUACAAGGACAUGAUGCACACGAACUCGUACGGCCUGAUCCGUGGAUUACAGUUUGGAUCGUUUAUCUUCCAGUACUACGGCCUGAUUUUGGAUCUGCUGCUGCUGGGUUUGACUCGCGCGACUGAGAUCGCCGGUCCACCAGAGCUUCCGAAUGAGUACCUGUCGUUCAAGGACACUGCGUCGGAGACCCGGCACCCGAUUCGUUUGUACACGCGGUACAUCGACAAGAUUUACGUGCUGUUCCGGUUCGAUGCCGACGACUCGCGGGACUUGAUUCAACGGUACUUGACGGAGCACCCGGACCCCAAUAAUGAAAAUGUGGUUGGGUACAACAACAAGAAGUGCUGGCCUCGUGAUGCACGCAUGAGGCUUAUGAAACACGACGUGAACCUCGGACGGGCAACAUUCUGGGAUAUGAAGAAUCGUUUGCCGCGCUCAAUGACUACGUUUGAGUGGGACAACAGCUUUGCGUCCGUGUACUCGAAAGACAACCCGAAUUUGCUGUUCAAUAUGUGCGGGUUCGAAGUGCGUAUUCUGCCGAAGAUGCGUGCAGUUGACGCGGAGUUCACGCACAAGGAUGGCGUAUGGAUCUUGCAAAAUGAGACCACAAAGGAGCGCACCGCUCAGGCGUAUCUCCGCGUGGACGACGAGUCGCUGCAGUCGUUCGAGAAUCGGAUUCGCCAGGUCUUGAUGUCUUCUGGCAGCACAACGUUCACUAAGGUUGCAAAUAAGUGGAAUUCGGCCCUGAUCGGACUGAUGACGUACUACCGCGAGUCUGUCGUGCAGACCCAAGAGUUGUUGGACCUCUUGGUCAAGUGUGAAAACAAGAUUCAGACACGCAUCAAGAUCGGGUUGAACUCAAAGAUGCCGUCCCGGUUUCCUCCUGUGGUGUUUUACACGCCGAAGGAGCUAGGUGGUCUAGGUAUGUUAUCGAUGGGUCACGUUCUGAUUCCUCAAUCUGACCUUCGCUACUCGAAGCAAACCGACGGUGGUGGUGUGACGCAUUUUCGGUCCGGAAUGUCGCACGAGGAGGAUCAGUUGAUCCCGAACUUGUUCCGCUACUUGCAGCCGUGGGAGUCUGAGUUUAUCGAUUCGCAGCGCGUGUGGGCUGAAUACGCGUUGAAGCGACAAGAGGCCAAUGCUCAGAACCGUCGCUUGACACUGGAGGAUCUAGAAGACUCUUGGGAUCGUGGUAUUCCGCGUAUCAACACAUUGUUCCAAAAGGACCGCCACACGCUGGCAUACGACAAGGGUUGGCGCGUACGCACGGGCUUCAAGUGUUACCAGGUGAUGCGCCAGAACCCGUUUUGGUGGACCCACCAACGGCACGAUGGUAAGUUGUGGAACUUGAACAACUACCGAACCGACAUGAUUCAGGCACUGGGUGGCGUCGAAGGCAUUCUUGAGCACACAUUGUUCAAGGGCACCUACUUCCCUACAUGGGAAGGCUUGUUCUGGGAGAAGGCGUCUGGGUUCGAGGAGAGUAUGAAGUACAAGAAGCUGACAAACGCGCAGCGAUCGGGUUUGAACCAGAUUCCCAACCGCCGAUUCACGCUGUGGUGGUCUCCUACGAUCAACCGCGCCAAUGUGUAUGUAGGUUUCCAGGUCCAACUGGAUUUGACGGGUAUCUUCAUGCACGGCAAAAUCCCGACUCUCAAGAUCUCUCUUAUCCAAAUCUUUCGCGCCCAUUUGUGGCAGAAGAUUCACGAGUCACUGGUCAUGGAUUUAGUAUUUGACCAGGAGCUAGAUGCGCUGGAGAUCGAGAGUGUGCAGAAGGAAACGAUUCACCCGCGUAAGUCGUACAAGAUGAACUCAUCUUGCGCGGACGUUCUUCUUUUCGCUGCGUACAAGUGGCAAAUGGGUCGGCCGACGUUGUUGCAUGACACGAAGGACAGUUAUGACGGCUCAACGAGUUCGAAGUACUGGAUCGAUGUGCAGCUCCGCUGGGGCGACUUUGACUCGCACGACAUCGAGCGAUACGCACGUGCCAAGUUCUUGGACUACACAACGGACAAUAUGACAAUUUAUCCGUCACCGACAGGUGUGUUGCUCGCAGUGGAUCUGGCGUACAACCUCUACAGUGGGUACGGGAAUUGGUUCCCCGGGUGCAAGCCGCUGAUGCAACAGGCUAUGGCCAAAAUCAUGAAAGCGAACCCCGCUUUGUAUGUGCUGCGCGAGCGUAUUCGCAAAGGCUUGCAACUAUACUCUUCCGAGCCGACGGAACCGUAUCUAUCAAGUCAGAACUAUGGGGAGCUGUUUUCGAAUCAGAUCAUUUGGUUUGUUGACGACACGAAUGUGUACCGCGUGACGAUCCACAAGACGUUCGAAGGCAAUCUGACGACGAAGCCGAUCAAUGGUGCCAUCUUCAUAUUCAACCCGCGUACCGGCCAACUGUUCUUGAAGAUCAUUCACACGUCAGUGUGGGCGGGCCAGAAGCGCUUGGGACAACUGGCGAAGUGGAAGACUGCUGAAGAAGUAGCAGCCCUGAUUCGGUCACUGCCCGUGGAAGAACAGCCGAAGCAGAUUAUUGUGACGCGCAAGGGUAUGCUGGAUCCGCUUGAGGUGCAUCUGUUGGAUUUCCCGAACAUUGUCAUCAAGGGCAGUGAGCUGCAGCUGCCAUUCCAAGCGUGCUUGAAGGUGGAGAAGUUUGGCGAUUUGAUCCUGAAGGCAACGGAGCCGCAAAUGGUUCUGUUUAACAUCUACGACGACUGGCUCAACACGAUCACAUCGUACACGGCAUUCUCUCGUCUGAUCUUGAUCCUACGCGCGCUGCACGUAAGCAACGAUCGCACGAAGAUCAUUCUACGGCCUGACGGUGAAACAACAACGCAGCCACACCACAUUUGGCCGUCACUCGCAGACGAGCAGUGGCUGAAGGUGGAAGUGCAGCUGAAGGAUUUGAUCCUGGGCGACUACGGUAAGAAGAACAAUGUGAAUGUUGCUUCACUGACGCAGUCGGAGAUCCGCGACAUCAUCUUGGGUAUGGAGAUUUCGGCACCGUCGCUACAGCGGCAGCAGGUUGCUGAGAUUGAGCAACAAGCGCGGGAGCAGAGCCAGCUCACAUCGGUGACAACAAAGACUGUGAACAAGCAUGGCGAUGAGAUGGUAGUCACCACGACGAGUCAGUACGAGCAGCACUCGUUCGCUUCGAAGACGGACUGGCGCGUGCGUGCGAUCUCGGCGACGAACCUGCAUUUGCGUACGAACCAUAUCUACGUGACAUCAGAUGACAUCAAGGAGACCGGGUUUACGUACGUGCUGCCGAAAAACGUGCUCAACAAGUUUAUCACCGUGUCGGACUUGCGGACCCAGAUCUGUGGUCUCAUGUAUGGAGUAAGCCCGCCAGACAAUCCGCAGGUGAAGGAGAUCCGCUGUAUCGUGAUGCCGCCACAGCUCGGUACUCACCAGAGCGUGACAAUCCCGCUGCAUUUGCCGGACCACGAGUACUUGGAAGGCAUGGAGGCGCUUGGCUGGAUUCACACACAGCCGAACGAGCUGCCAAGCUUACCACCGCAGGACGUGACCUUCCACUCGAAGAUCAUGUCGGAGAACACGUCGUGGGAUGGCGAGAAGAGUAUCAUAAUCACGUGCAGCUUCACGCCUGGUUCGUGCUCACUGACGGCGUACAAGCUGACGCCAGCUGGCUACGAAUGGGGUCGCCACAACAAGGACGGCGGUGCGAACCCCGUGGGGUUCGUUCCGACUCACUACGAAAAGGUGCAGAUGCUCUUGUCCGACCGGUUCCUGGGCUUCUACAUGGUCCCGGACGAGGACGUGUGGAAUUACAACUUUAUGGGCGUCAAGCACAACACGGGCAUGAAGUACGACGUGAAGCUGGGCAACCCCAAGGAGUUCUACCACGAGGUCCAUCGAAAGACGCACUUUAUGAACUUUAGCGCGCUUGAAGCCACGGACGAGGAGACGGCCAUUGACCAGGAGCAGCAAAAUGUCUUUGCCUAA